AUGAGCGACGAUUUGCUCGACCUCGACGCACUCGACGUCUCGCUCGUUGCGAGCUCUCCGCUCCUCUGCGGCUUCCAUGCGCGGCUUCACUUGCUGGCGAUCGACUCGCCCGUCCACGAAACGGUUUCAGACAAGACCACCGACGCGCGUCGUAUCCCCGCCUCAACCCCAGGGAUGAUGUCGCCCGUCAUCUCAAGCCUAUCUGCACAUGGAAACCGUCGCCGAAGAUCGAGCUUUGGAAUCGCUGAAAGCGUGCUCCCAGACAUCGACUUGCUCGCGACAGAAACAAUGCCGGUGGAAGACCAUCUUGUAACAUCUCCAGAACGACCCAAAACCGUCGUGCUGCAAGAAGACGAUGUCCUCAUCACGCUGAAGGCCGACCUUGUCGACACAUUAUGCGUGAGUAGUGUAACGCUGGGUAGUGCCCACAAUGAGUGCACGCAGCAAGUUGAAAACGACGACGAGGAAGUAUUUUUCGGACCAGCCAAGCCUCACGAGCAGCACGUAGCGUCGCUCAUCACACGCCAUGAUCAGCUACUAGUGCUAGCAGACCAGAUUCCCACUGUUAACAACCGUUCUUCAACUGUGCAUUCAAGUCGCCCAGUAUCGCGCAUUCGGGCACCAAAAGCCGCGGCUCCAAAACCAUCGUCGCUGCUGCAAGAGCUCCAAGCUGGCAAAGGUCCCGUAGUGGCGCUGAUGGAACAGUGUGCGCAGAUUGCUUUGUUGAGCGGCAUGGCGCCUGUUGGUCUGGAGAGCGGGGAAGCACAGCAACGCGCAAGACCACUUUCAAAUGGAUUAGCAGCCAAUGCCGGCUCGGAGAAUGUCAACCCAACCGCCGCCACCUCAAAACAACAGGAGGAACUUGCACCCGUACGCGAGCCCAAGCAGGCGGGAAGCGGUUCCUUGCGACGACAAGAGCAGGCUGGUCUUCUCUUUUAA